UUCGUAAUAGAGCGGCGCUUGCUCUGUUUCUUCCCCUCUACAACGGCCGCCGUGCAAAUGGGUCGGAGCGGCGACGCCUCCGCCUCCUCCGCCGCCGCCGCCGCCGCCGCCAACGGCGACAUCCUCAUGCUAGAAGCUCCGCCGGACGCUCUCGCUCGUCCGUGGACGACCCCGUCCAACGCGGAGACGAUCGACGCCCUGCCCUACAUCGACGAGGACUACGGCCACCGCGCCGUCAAGGACGAGGUGGACCGGCUGGUCGAGGAGGAGAUGCGGCGGAGCUCCAAGAAGCCCUCGGAUUUCCUCAAGGAGCUGCCUCCGGUCCCCAAGCUCAAGUUCCAGAAUAAUCCUAUGCUUGCUAGAGAGUAUGAGCGUGUGGUGGCAGGAAGGCCCCCUGUGCCUUUUGAUUCCUCUCGGUACAGUAUCGAUAUGGUACCUCCACAUAGAAGGGAUGAUCAAAAUCUCUGGAAGCAGACACUGCAAAAAAAUCAGCGCUUGCUACAGUACGAGGUUGUCAGGCUGGAAAAUCUUGAUUUGAUGUCUAAACAUGGUGCUGAUGUCUGGAUUAAGCAUAACCGGCAGUUGGAGGGAUUCUUGGCCAGGCUGCAAAAGUUAGCUAGUGAACAAAAUGAACAGAUAGAGACUGUGAAUCGUGAAAGAAAAUAUCAUCAGCAAAAUACUGCAUAUGAGCUUAAUGCUCUGUCUACACAAUGGAGGGAGCUCUGUCAGAAAAAUAUAGAAAUUCAGGCUGCUUGUGUUAAUAUCGAAAAUGAGCUAGAAGAGCUAAAUAGAGAAGCUGCAGAGAGGGGUUGGAAGUUGGAAACCACUAUGGAGAAUGGUCCUUCUCUGCAUUAACAUCACAAAGGGUUAGCCUGUACUUGUAUUGACUUGACGGUAUAUCUUGAAAAGUCGCAAGUAACUCUCUUGAUGCUGCAGCUGAUUCUCCUUGCUGAUGUAUUGCCAAAUGCCAUUGAUGGAUCGAGGAAAUAGGUUAAUCUGUCCGGAUCGUAUAAAUUAGACAAUUAGCCUGUAUUCUAAUCAUCUCUUGUACCAGUUUUUCCUCCAUUUGUCUGGACGAUCGAAUUUUGAAUACAUAUCAAGUUCUUUGCUUUAAAA